AUGAACUGGGAUGCUCUCCAGCUCAACUUGAACCUCAGUGAUCGCUGGCCUUGUCGACGUUUUCGCUGGUGGGUUCUCUUUCUUCCUCAUGCUUGGAAUCUCCAUGGACUUUCUGCAUGGCCCUCCAGCAUGGAGUACGAGAACGUUGGCAGCUUGUUCGCACACUGGGGCCUUUGGUCGGAUGAAGAUGAGCAGGAACUCCAGCUCUAUGCUCAUGAACUUGAAGCUUAUCUGGACCCUGCCAUGGGGGCCGACAAGAGGCUGCUUGAAAUGGAUGACAUUGCCAACACCCUGUUGCAUUCAUACUCCAAUGCCCUCACCUCCUGUCCUUGUCGCUGCCGUACUUCAUCAUUUUCGAAGUCCACCUUGCUCACAAAAGGGUUGAGAGGCUAUUUUGUGAUCUCUGUCAAGCACAACAACCCGCGAUAUCUCCAUCCCAAAGAAGCAGCACUACUGCUUGGCAUUCCGCCCACCAUGGUCUUCCCGCACCCAGUUCGAGCAUCACUAGCUCUUCUGGGACUUGCUGCUUCGCCUCUCCAACUGGUAUGGAUUUACGGCCAUCUGAAAUGCAAUGCUGCAGCAGCCCAUGGCCAGAUGUUCCCUUCCCCGGAAGAAUGGCUUCGACAUUACUGUGUGGAACUUCUUCGGCAUAGUCGUCAGCUUUUUCACCAACAUCAACCAGAUCCCAAACAGCAUUUGCAGAUCAGCACAACUGAUGGACCUCCUCUUCUCAUUGCGAGCUCCUUUGCAUCUACGGCUGCUCAUUUGCUACAGGCAAAUCGGAUCAUCUUGGGCUGGAAUGAAGCUGCUGCCUUGCAUGAUGAGCAACAUCGACUUGCACUUCAUGAACGACUGGAUGGCGCCACCUAUACCCUUGUGGUUGAACCUGGAGUAGCCUCACGAUUGCCACCAUCAUCUCAGAUCAUGGUCUCUCUGCGACACCAACAGGAUCAUACUGUCCAUCAAGUUCCUGCAGGACACUUUCUCUUUGAGCUACUUGCCCAACUGAACCUGCACCACGUGCGGUUCCUGGUAGAUUUGGAGGGACGAGUCUAUGGAGCAGACUAUCGUGUUUGGCGGCCAUUAUGCCUCAUGGCCAUUGAUCCUGCCAACUGGCCUCCUCGGAUUGGAUCUACCCUUCGAGGCAAUGGACUUUCUGCCUCUACCUUAGGGCUCCAUGAUGGCCAUGUCUGGGAGACGCUGCAACAAUUGGUGACUUCCCAACCUACCAUGUCAGUGCAUUUGGUGCAUCCAUGCCUUGCAGCAUUUCUCCUUGGCGACUUGGACUUUUCUGACUUGCGGAGACUUGGACUUGGACUUCUGUCUCCUCAAGUUCAUGCUUCUCAAGUUGCAUGCAUCUUUGCGGCACGUGGUCAUUGGGCUUUGAUUUGGGCCACUCGCCAUCAUCGGCACUAUGUGUGGUCAUAUCAUGAUGGACUUCUUGAUCACAUACGUGAUGAAGCGCACCAGCUGGCAAUGAAGCUCACUGGACUUUUUGGUGGCGACACCAUGGACUUUCACAUCAGCCAACUGGCUGCAUUGCUAGUCACCAAGGGAGUACCAUGGACUGCAGUCUCUGAACGAGCCAACCCUUGGAAUGCACUGAAAGCCCUUGCAAGCCGACCUGGCAAGAACUUCCAGCACGUCACCAAAGAUGAGCUGCAAGCAUUCAUCUCUCAAAAGGCUGCGGACAAGCAUGGAGCACAGAUUUCCUCCAAGAAGAAACAAUCCAAGAAGCCCUUGCCAAAGGCUACCCCUCUUCAACUUGAUCCUGCUGCGCUUUCACUUCUUGAAGGGCAUUUUGUCGAUGCAGAGGAUGAAACAGUUCCUCAAAUCCAGCUUGCGCAGGUCACUGCUGACAUGCGUGGGAUUGCCAUUUGUGACCUCACACAGGCAUUGCCCUACAUCAAGGAGAACAAGAGCCUGAGUGCGGAUGCUCUUGCCCUGUUGAUCACACAAGAGGUCCCAACUGAGCUCAAGGGAAUGGCUGAUCUUUGCGCACUACGAUUCCCAGCCACGUACCUGCCGACACAAGAUCCCAUGUUGAUCCAAGGCAGCCUUCUACAACUGGGGGAUGUCACAGUUAGCCGUCAUACCACUGAUGACAUGCAUGCGGACCUGGAGGUGACUACUACGACCAUUCUGAAGAUCCAAGUCUUUCGAGAUGAAGUCACCAUCGCAUGGGAGCAGUUCAUCGCUUCACCCAUCAAGCACUUGAUCACAUUGGUUCCUAAGCUUCGUCUCUGUCCCAACCCACGAUGUGACAACAAAUGUCUCUUCUUUCAUUCAGCAGUGGAGGACAACAUUGAGCAGGUGAUCCAUGAAAUCUGGGCACGCAAAUUCCAAUCCAUGGAAGGGCGCACCUUGCCUGCCGACCAAGCUGUGCUCUUUCAGGCGUUUCUGCGUGUGGCCUCCACGGCUGUUGAGGAGAUCUUGCCCUCCGUUGUCAAUGGGAUCUACUUUGAGCCACGUUGUGCCACCACGAAGUCAACUGACCCUGAAUAUGCCGUGGUUUGGAUUCCAGGUGCAACACUUGACACCGCGACUCACAAGCUCAAAAUGGUCUCUCAAGGCCUUGGCCUCGUGCGGAUGAAGCAGCGCUACGGCAUCCGAGUGAAGGCUGCUUACGAAGAGACUGUUUACAACCAAAUUCGACCAGGUGACUCCUUUGUACGUGUCACUGUCACCAAGAUCUUCAGGCUGCAUCCAUUGCCACAUGGACUUCAACGUGCUCAACUGGCUAAGCUUUUGUUGGAAUGGGCCUGGGAUGCCAAGCCACUUCAACCUUCCCGUGGCUCUGCUGAUGGUGCCGCAUGGGAGGUUGGAACUUCGGCUGACCCACCCCAGCCAGUGAUGCAAGCUUUUGGCCAAGAUGUUCUGAUCAACCUGGUGAAGGACAAGCAGCAGCAUGACCUCCCUCCAGCCAUCAUUGCUCCAAAACGAGCUCAACAGCAUCUUCGAACACAGAAACCAGCAGUCAGCUCUUCCACCACCGAUCCAUGGCUUCAACAAGACCCCUGGUCUAACUUCAAGACUCCCACUGCCAAUGCGGCUCAGUCCAAAAGGUAUGAUGCCAUUGCCACACAACUUCGAGAUGAUCUGACGGCGAAGUUCCAGGAGAAGAUCAACAACAAUACGGCAGCAUCAACUACCGUGACAUCAGAGCUGGAACAUCGCAUGCAAAAGAUGGAGGUGGGGCUUACUGAGCUUCAAGCACACAAUCAUCAAGUUGGCCAUUGGAUGAAGGAAGCUGGCGCUCGCAUGGCAGCCCAGGAUGACCAACUUCAACAAGUACACCAACGUUUGGCACAGCAACAAGAAGAUCUUGGCACCGUUCGUACGGAAGUCCACUCUUCAGCAGCCAACCUGCACCAAGCCAUGCAGACCAGUUUCAACAAUAUGAAACAGGAGAUCGUGACUGACUUGUCCGCUUCUUUGGACAAUCAGAUGUCUCGUUUUGAGACCCUCAUGACUGCCAAGAAGCCUCGCCUGACCACUUUGGUCACAGUUCCUGGUGCUCCACGAUGGGGUGAGGCACUACAUCCUGGACCUGCUGAUGUACCAGCCCCAGAUGACCUCUUCUGGGUGGGUUUUACAAACCCCACUGGGCUGCGCAACAAGGAGAUCCAAGCCCUUAAUACUGGGAAUUCCAUUAUCAAUUUCUCCGAGACCCAGCUCUCGAAACAAACUCAGAAGUCAUGUGCGGCUCGUUUGCGCCAUCUUGCCAUGACUCAGAAUCGCAAUCUUCGCAUCCAUUUGGGCUGCCCGGUGGCUGUUAGAACCACCUCUACUUGGGCAGGGACCUGGAGCGGAGUUGCCACACUGUCUGAUGUCUCCUCCACUGAAGUGAUGCUGCCGUACGAAGGUGAACGAGAUUGUGGGCGUGUUCUUGCUACUCGCCAUUGUAUCGGUAGCCUUUCACUUCUGAAUGUGGUGGUGUAUGGGUUCCCUGCGGGCCCUUCUUGGCCCCAAUCCAAGGCCCUCACCCAAGAACUCUUGGCAAUCUUCACACGUGAAGUGGUUCUUGGUGCUAAGGGCCCACGCCUGAUCGGCGGUGACAUGAAUGUUGAUUCCACACAACUCCCUGUCUUUGAUUUGUGGCGACAGCAUGGCUGGUGCUCUGCACAGGACUAUGCUUCUCAGAUGUGGAAUCAACCCAAAGCUUUCACUUGCAAAGGCAAGACUGAGCGCGAUCUUGUUUGGCUCAGUCCAGAAGCACAAGCACUUUGCAAGGCUGUGGCUGUUCGUGACCACUUCAUGGAGCAUGCCACAGUUUCAGUCGGGCUCAGCAUUCCCUCUAAGACUGAAGUGCUACGUGCGUGGCCUCGGCCCUCUGCAAUUCCAUAUGCUGCCUUGGAUCCUACAUGGAAAGAUGCUGCCACUCCUCCUACGUGGACUUGCUCUGGAGAUGUGGAUUCACAAUGGGCUCAACUUGCAGCAUCCUAUGAACAGUGCUUCCAUGGCUUUGUUCCUUCACAACCUGGGGGCAAGCUGACGCAGAAUCAGAUGGGCAGACUUCAGGCCACUAAGCCUGUCAAGCGUCGAUGUGAGACGCUUACUCUGCGAGCCAGUCGACCAGGCGAGGUUGAGAUGCGGAGCAACUUACUUGGCCGCGAAACACACUGCUGGUUCAAGCAACUACGUCGUCUGCAGUCCUACCUCCAUGCUAUCCGUGGGGCCAAACAGACUGCUUCGGCCAUCACCUAUCGACUUGAACUCUGGUCGGCCAUCAAACAGGCCACUGGAUUCACAGGUGGCUUUGCAGUUUGGUGGAUGCAUACGUUUGGGCUCAACUCUGAAGGCAUUCGCAUUCUUCCCUGUGCUCCGCCCCAUGAAGAGGUUGCUACCCAACUUUUUGACCAGUUCAAACAUGCAUAUGAACGUUUUGAAAGUUGGCAUUUGCGUCAACGAGGAGCUCUUCUCAAAGCUAAAUACGAACAUGGGCUAUCUGGAGUUUUCCAAGAUCUCCGCAAACAGCCACGAGAUCGACUGGACUCUUUGCAGCGCACUCAUCAUUAUGGGGUGCUUGCUACUGAUGGGGCUCAAGUUCAUGUUGACCAGCCUAUUCAUGUUGGUGGCAUUUCUCAUUGGUAUGUUGACGAAACUCCUCUUCAAGUUGGCGUUGUGAACGAGGUGGUCAUUGCAGUGGAUGAGACCUGUGACAUUGGUGAUGUUUUGGUUCAACAUCAAGUCAUCUCUGACGUUCGAGACCUUCAUCAAGAACUCCUUGACUACUGGACUCCAAUUUGGAACGCAAUGACGGAAGUUCCUACUGCUGACUGGCAACGCAUCAUGGAUUUUUUCGUUGCCUAUGAUCUGGGCGCCAAAACAGUUGACCGGUUCAGGCCAAUUGUUAUCUUCUCAGUGAUCUAUCGCACUUGGGCAUCGAUUAGAUCCAGACAGCUCAUCCGCAUCCUGGCUCCAUUCAUGGACGAGAAUGCCUUUGGGUUCAUUCCUGGCUGCGAACCCAGUCAGUUAUGGAUGGUGCUGCAGUCCGACAUCGAGUGCUGCCUCCUAACUGGAGCUGAUCUCACUGGACUUUCCACAGAUUUGGUCCGUGCAUUUAAUAAUGUGCCACGCCAGCAUAGCUUUGCCCUAGCCCGACAUAUUGGAGUACCUGGCACUCUGCUGGUUCCAUGGGAGGGUUUCCUUGGCAAUUGCACAAGGGCCUUCGAGAUUCGAGGUUGGCUCAGUGCCCCAACAACUUCAAGCCGCGGGCUCCCAGAGGGCGACGCUCUCUCGGUCUAUGCGAUGAUUCAGUUGAAUUUUGCGUGGCACAUUUAUAUGAAGGCCUUUUCUCCGGCCGUGCGGGCAAUGAGUUUCGUGGAUAACUUGGCACUUGUCACCACUGCCCCAGCUUUGUUGGCUCGUGGACUUGCCUGCCUCGUGGAAUUUUUCAGACUGUGGAAUUUGGUUUUGGAUCAUGCCAAGUCUUAUUGCUGGGCCUUAGCUGCGGCUCAAAGGAAUCAACUGAACACCCUGCCCUUCAAGAUAGUCACCUCAGCUGACGAACUGGGCGGAGUGCUUUCCUUUUCGCGUAAGCAAUACACUGGCAGACAUGCAAAGAAGUUCCUCUCCUUGGAGACACGCUGGCAUGCGCUCCAAACCUCCUGGGCACCACUUCGGCAAAAGUUUGCCAUGCUUCCCAUUGUCUUUUGGUCUUCGGCCAUGCAUGGCAUUUACGGCAGUUGUUUUGGAGAUGCACACCUCGACAAGCUUCGUGGUAAAGCAGUGAUGGCGCUGAAAUUGAAGCGAGCUGGCGCAAAUCCUCUUCUACGUUUGGCACUCUCAUGUUCUCCAACUGCAGAUCCUGGCUACUGGAGAGCUCAGAUGACCAUACGCUACAGCACUGGACCGGGCCUUGAUCAGCUCCCUCCAGAGUGGCGCAUUCAUGAGUAUGCAGACCAACGUGCUGAAGUGCGAGAUUGGCAGUCUCACACGGUCUAUGACACCAAGGCGCUGUUGAUGCACCUACUGCCAUCUCGCUUUCCCAGUGCUUGUUUAUGGAAAACUGCUUUGGUGAACUUGCCAGAUGACACCCAGACUUUUUUGACACAUCCCUCUAGAGGACACCAGCAUGUUUUUGUGGAUGGCACUGCAACCAAAACGAAGACACCAUAUGAUUUAGCUGCUUGGGGAUGCAUCAAUGCGACCACUGAAUCUAUCAUUGCAACGGGACAUGUUCAUGGUUUGGUUCAAACUAGUGCUCGGGCUGAAUUGAUGGCAGCGUUGAGUGCCCUCACAUGGCAAGCUCGCUUUCAGACUGACAUGACGCUUUGGAUGGAUGCCAAGUUUGUUCAUGAUGGCAUUGACUACCUGCGGCAGCAUGGGGUAGCUGCUGAUUGGUCUGACCAAGACCUCUGGAAUGGAAUUGCCGAUCAAUUGGAGCAGCUUGGAUCCCUCCAGCUUCAUUUGCGUUGGAUCCCCAGCCACCUUGAUGAAUCGCUGUUGGAAAAUCCUUUUGAAGACUGGGUUCAUCUUUGGAAUGGCAGGGUUGAUGCGCUUGUUGGUCAUUACAAUCUCAACCGCCCUGCUGACUUUCAAGAGCUUUGGAUGAGUGCACGGCGCUAUCAUUAUGAGGUCUCUCAACGACUGAAACAGCUGAGCAUUUUUUUUGGUAAGGGAGUGUUGUGA